AUGGACAAGCAGAACCACCUCACAGCAAAUACUCAAGCUAAACAAGACCAGCGACACCACUCACACACAUCAACUUCGCAAAAUAUGUCAACCACCACCCCAGCCAUCGCAUCCUCUUCCACAUCUAAUGAGUCACCUUCCAUACACGAUCUAAUACUUGAUAAUGACAAUGCAUCGAUGGAUAUUUUCAAAAUGUAUCAACACAAGAGUUAUCUACCCCAUAAUCAGAGGAUAUCCAACUUGGCAUGGAGAAUACAAAACAAGAAAAUACUUGUUCAUAACAACAACAGCACAAGAAACAAUGUCACUAGCUCCAGUACUAGUGGGAGAGCUUCCAACAGUGCAUGCGUAUCGAAACCCAUGGUUAGAAAAGAUUCUGGAUCUCGCAACAACAACAACUCUGGUGCCUCUACCACAAAUGCACCGACGUCAAACAUCGUCCACAAUAUCAACAAAUCUGCAACGGUUUCGACAGAAGCAAGACCGGGGUUGGUUGGUGACUCCAGAAAUGAACCCAAUAUGGAUGAUUUUGAUUACGUUGCUCACAUUCGCAGAAUCAGCCAGGAGGAAUCCAAAGUGGGGUUGGCAGAUGCACGAGCUCGAGGGAUUGAUGAUGCCGAUGGAACAAACAACGAACAGUCCAACAACUACCUAUCGACGUACAUCAACAACCUUGAAUCUAAUUUGAAAAACAGCUCACUGGUUCAACCAAAUGCCUCCAUAACUACUAAGGCGAGUCAAAUUUUACCACCAAGUGUUCAGCAUAGUAAAUCAAUAUCUGGCAUAUCGGCACCAUUUACAACCAAACCAGCCACUCCAUCUUCCUCGUCGACAAUGUCUACUCCAAGACUAACUCAAACACAAACACCAACAGCUGCAAAACCGCUGACUAACAAAUUCGCUGCCUCAUCUACCUCCAACACAUCGCCAAGUUCUGUGUCAGGAUCAGGAAUAUCAAUCAAAAACAGACACAAUAGCUUACCUAACAAUGGGCGGAAAAAGAUUCUACAAUGUACCAACUGUGAGACAAGAACAACUCCGUUAUGGAGGAAAUCAAACAAUGGCGAUUUGUUGUGUAAUGCGUGUGGAUUAUUUUAUAAAUUACAUGGCACUUUGCGGCCCUUGAGACGUGGACAAGGCACUAACAGUAAUGCCGGUAGCUCGCCCUUUGCUAUGAGGAACAGCAAUGAUAAGAUUAUCGGCAAUACAAACAUUGACUUGCUCUCGUCAGAGUACACUGUUGGAAGUGGAGGUGACGGUAAAUUCGACAUGAAUGGUAUCAAUUCGAGUUCUGGUGGCUUUAUUGGCUCUUCAUCUGCGCCAGUUCCCAGUCAGUUUGGACAAUCCCGACAACCGCAGCACCCACUGUCACAUCUCCAGCAUCAGCAACUUCAGCAACUUCAGCAACACCAUAGCUUUAACACUCCACAAACACAACUGAGCGUGGACAUGGACAUUGACCCCCAUUCCAAAUUCGAUGCUAGUCGUGAUCACAAUGACGAUAAUGGCAACAAAGACAGAGGUAAUGAUAACACACUAUCCUCCUUUACGAAUCAACAAAUUGAGAAAUUAUUAAACUCAAACUUAUUUGACUCAUCAUCCGAUUCAAAUACAAAUGCCGUGCUAUUUCAACAAGAAGCUCCAUUUCAACUGCAUCUCCACCACCACCAUCACCAUCAUCAUCACCAUCAUCAGCAUCAGCAUCAUGACGAGUUUGACUUGUUAGACCCUAAUGGACUACCACCACCGUCGUCGUCUAAUGAAGCACCGCCAUUGGGUAUUAACGAUGGAGCUCAUGGUCUAGAUGGAGCCGUGUUCAAGGAACCGUUUCAAAGCCAUUCUGAAAGUCACGCGAGUCCUGGCCAGUUUAUGGAAGAUGGAACGAUUCAGGACUCUGGUGAUAAUUGGAACUGGUUAAGGUUUUGA